AAGCCAACAAAAACAAAACAGCACUCUUCUCUCUAGCCGGUAUCUACGUUUAGCGUUCUCAUCAUGAGAACGCUAUUCGUUGUACUUUUGUUCCCUCUAAUUCUUGCCCUUGCUGCUCAUGUAUCCCGAGCCGAUGACAACGGCUCGCCGGCCGGACAUGGCAAGGAUGGAUCAAAUGGUGUAGGUCCAGUGAAAAAUCCACAUUGCACUAAGCCUGGGCGUGGUCCAGACCCCCAUGAAAAUGAUGGUCCAAGCAACAAUGGCCGCGGACCACCCGAAAAGGAGUGCGAUGAUGGAGAAUCGUCACCCUCACCAUCUGAUGGAUCUGCCGAACCUUCCCCCGACCAAGGUAAUGGUUCGCCGUCACCAACUUCAUCCCCGUCGUAUUCCCCUCCCAUGGCUCCAACUGACCAAACAAAUACCCAAUCACCUCCACCACCAUUAUAUUCUAGUCCCCCGACUGCACCUCCACCCUACAGACCUAUCGAUCCUUCUCCACCACCAUCAUCAUCUAGCCCUCCAUCAGUAGCACCAAUCACCCAACCAACACCUCCAUCCAGUCCUCCAGCAACAUCUCCACCCGACGAACCUAACAAUCAAUCGCCACCGCCUCAAUCGAAUCCUCCAUUGAAUGCCCCAUUGCUUCCAUCUAGCCCACUUGCGCCACCUCCAAUGGAUCAAACUAUUGAGCAACCUCCUCCACCUCCAUCCACUAAUGCUGCACCCCCACCACAACACUCUAGCCCAUCUGCCACAUCUCCAACAAACUCAAACAAUGAGCAACUCACUCCAUCGCCAUCGCCAUCAAGUCCACAAAUAGCUCCAUCAAGUCCUCCACCGCCGUCAUCAAGUCCAACAAUCUCUCCGUUUACUCCACCACCGCCAUUGUCUAGCCCUCCCGCUACACCUCCAAUAUACCAAGCUAAUGACCAACCCCCUCCCCCUGCAACAUCAUCUACACCGCCACCAGUAGCUCUAGAAAGUCCAUCACCUCCAUCAACUCCAUCAGAAAUAGCUCCAGCUACACCACCACCUUCGUUUAGCCCCCCUACGGAAGCUCCAACGAAUGAAGCCAAUGACCACUACCCUCCACCACCGCCAUUGUCUAGCCCUCCCGCUACACCUCCAAUGUACCAAGCUAAUGACCAACCCCCUCCCCCUACAACAUCAUCUAGUCCGCCACCAGUAGCUCUAGAAAGUCCACCACCACCAUCAACUCCAUCAGAAAUAGCUCCAGCUACACCACCAACUUCGUUUAGCCCCCCUACGGAAGCUCCAACGCAUGAAGCCAAUGACCACUACCCUCCACCACCGCCAUUGUCUAGCCCUCCUGCUACACCUCCAAUGUACCAAGCUAAUGACCAACCCCCUCCCCCUCCAGCAUCAUCUAGUCUACCACCAAUAGCUCUACCAAGUCCACCAGAAAUAGCUCCAGCUACUCCUCCACCAACGCCAUUAUUAUCUAGCCCUCCUGCUACACCUCCAAUAUACCAAGAUAAUGACCAACCCCCUCCCCCUCCAGCAUCAUCUAGUUCACCACCAAUAGCUCCAGCUACUUCUCCACCACCUCCAACAUCAUCUAGUUCACCACCAAUAGCUCCAGCUACUUCUCCACCACCUCCAUUUAACCCCCCUACGGAAGCUCCAACAUAUGAAGCCAUUGACCACUACCCUCCACCAUCACCAUUGUCUAGCCCUCCUGCUACACCUCCGAUAUACCAAGCUAAUGACCAACCCCCUCCCCCUCCAGCUUCAUCUAGUCUGCCACCAGUAGCUCUAGCAAGUCCACCACCUCUAUCAAGUCCACCAGAAAUAGCUCCAAGUACUCCACCACCUCCAUUUAGCUCCCCUACGGAAGCUCCAACGUAUGAAGCCAAUGAAAACUACCCUCCACCAUCGCCAUUGUCUACCCCUCCUGCUACACCUCCAAUAUACCAAGGUAAUAACCAACCACCUCCCCCUCAAACAUCAUCUACUCCGCCACCAAUAGCUGUAGCAAGUCCACCAUCUCCAUCAAGUCCACCAGAAAUAACUCCAGCUACUCCACCACCACCUUCGUUUAGCCCCCCUACGGAAGCUCCAACAUAUGAGGCCAAUGACCACUACCCCCCACCACCGCCAUCAUCUAGUCCACCAUUAUCGCUAGCCAGUCCUCCACCACUAUUGUUAAGUCCACCAACCAUCUCUCCAAUGAGUUCCCCACCACCAUCAUUGACUCCACCAUCGAUCGCUCAGUCCACACCUCCGUCCAGUCCACCGGCUACAUCUCCAAUGUACCAACCCUCACCACCACCAUCAUCCAGUACUCCACCACCAUCAUCAAGUCAAGCAGGAACCACUACAACUCCACCCCCAUCUAGUAUAGCAGUACCUCCAACGUACGAAGCUAACAACCAACCACCACCUCCUCCUUUCAAUCCUCCACCAUCUUCGUCCAGUCCUCCUGCUCCACCGCCAACAUACCAAGCUCAUGAGCCGUCUCCACCUCCACCACCAUCAUCUAGCUCUCCACCAAUAUCUCCCUCUACUUCCACACCAGACACAUCUAGUCCAUCUACCCCUCCGUUACCUGCACCUAGUGCUCCACCCGGCCCUCCUACUGGUAAAAACGGAUGGGUGAAAGUUCAUAACUUCCACGACACCUUGUAUUGGAAAAUCGGGCACUCUGCGGUGUUAAGAGUCAAGCUCGUAAAGAAGAAGGACAUUUCCCUAGUCGAUGUGCUAUAUGUGAGCAUGCAACCCGCGGGAAUUGGCAGCAACUACUUUCUUGUGAUAAAAGCUGCAGAUGAAUACAAGAAGGUCGGCAAGUAUAAUAUGCUCGUGUGGGGUGUGCCUGGGUCAACAACAGAACCAUGGAAAGUAUUGUGGUUCAAAUUCGUGGAGUAGUAAACACACAGUGACGAUAAUAAUCAAAAUCUAGCUAGUGUCAUUGGAGGUGUGCUUGUUCUUACAUUACUUAAUCAUUGUAGCAACGUGGGGUGUGAUCCUACGGUAUGAUUUUCAUUUCAAUGAUAUAUUUUGUUUUGUUUUUCCAAAUUGCCUCAGAAUCCUGUAUCACUAUUGGAGCUGCAACUACGUUUGGGUUUUUAUUCAAAAGAUUUUGCAUUUAAUCA